ACGUGGGCUCCCUGUGGACAGGUUUUCGCGCCAAAUAUAGCGCGCAUGAUCAGAACGAUCCAGAAGUCACGAGGGAACGCACAUGUUGUAACAGCCGCUGUCAGGAUCUGCCCUGGGUAUCUGYUGUUGAUUUUUUCGUCGUUUACUCGUUUUGAAGCCAAGGUAAUAAUGAACCGCUACCAGUAUUCAGGAAAUACAAGAACCACCAUUGAUAAACAAAGGCAGCUAAAAAAGGAUUUGUUAAAAAUACUCACAAAAAUCCAUGAAGAGAAGACGUCUGAGUUUGCAGUUGGCAAUACAAGUGCUGAACUUCCUGUACUGCCUGGUAUUAAGAUUUCAGGCUAUGGUACAGUUAGUUUGCCUGUCACAGAGAUGACUGUGGAACAUCUCAGAAACCAUUUCAAUCAGGCACCCUAUGGCCUUGGUGAGGAAACAUUGAUUGACAAGAAAGUCAGAGACUCUUGGCAGCUUGACCCUGAGAAAUUUGAAAUCACAAAUCCAAAAUUUAAUGCUGGUGUUGAAAAACUUGUCAAAGAAAUCCAAAGUGAACUUGACUGCUCAGAUCAAAAAGUAACCUCGCACCUUUACAAACUGCUGCUGUAUGAACCAGGUGGUCAUUUCAAACCUCAUCGAGACACAGAAAAACACCCAGGCAUGUUUGCAACCCUCAUCAUUCAAGUUCCUUCCAUCUUCACUGGGGGAGAUCUGGUCAUAAAACAUGGUGCAAGAGAGAAAAGGAUUGCAUUUGGUACUCCAGAAUCUGAAUUCUCCUGCAUGUAUGCUGCCCACUAUGCAGACUGUGAACAUGAACUGACUGAGAUCACAUCUGGKUACCGCAUGGCACUAGUGUACUCCCUGUGCUGGGAUGGUAAUGGUGUAGUUCCUAGUCCUCCUGAUAUCCCAGUUAACAAGCUGGCUGGCUUACUGGAACAGAUUGAUGAAGUCUUGCCUGAUCCUUGUAUGAUAGCUUGGGCACUAGACCAUCACUACUCAGAAAAGUCCUUUCUUCACAAGGGAGUGCAAGCUUUUAAAGGAGGUGACAAGCUUAUAUAUUCAACUCUGCAAGGUGCUAAUGCAUUGCUUGAGGAUGAAAAGAAAUUAGAUUUCUUGAUUAUAGAGGCAAAAAGGUGGGAUUAUAUGUAUGGACUUUGCACCAUCCAGUAUGGUGGAUACUCUGGUUCAGGAGAUUGUUUUGAUUUUGAGGAUGAUUAUGAAACAGAAUACAAAUUUAAGGCUAUUGGUAUUGAUGGAGAGGAAUGGGAGGAUCUUCRACACAUUGAUUUAGAUAUUUGUGAAACUGCUCUGAAUGUUGGUAAAGAUGAUGAUGAGUUUUGGGGUGAGUGCAAUGAAGGGAAAUGUAGUGGACCUUCUGGAAAUGAGGGAUCAUCAAAGACCAACUGGUAUCGACGUUUUGUCCUACUUGUUUUCCCAGAAGAUAGCUUUUAGGUUUGCAAUAUAGAUUUAGGUAUUGAUUAACUUGUACAGCAUCUAGGGACGACACAAGAGAAAAUGUCUGUGCAUGCUCAUAAUAUGCAUUCCAUUAAAUUUUACCUGACUACUUCUUUAAUUGUUAUUUAAAUUUUGCUUUUAACUUCACAAAAUACUAAAACUUUGGGGACAAAUCUAGGUURGGGAGGGGAUUCUUAAUUAGUAAAAGGUUUCACAAGGAGCAUGAGGACCUUAAGCAACCCUAGAGGGAAGAUCUUCAGGCUACUGGCAUUUAUCAGAAUACAUGGAUUCUUGGUAAUGGAAAGUUUCUCGUCUCUUUUAGUAGUAAAAGUAAUGUGUUGGGUUAUAAUCACAUUAAUUUCUUUUUACAUAUGGAUUUAAAUACAUCCGACGUAAUCCUUAGAACAUUAAAUUGGAGAUGUGCUAUUAUUGUAUACUUUAGUAAAAUAAUUCUGUUGGGUUGUUAAUCUCGUUACAUUUAGAAGWUUAAAUUAGAGCCUAUUAUACCAGAUUGCAAAUGUGCACAGAUCACSGAGUUAUUAUGCCGCACAAUUUUAUUCCCACAAAUUCAGUUUAUUAAAUAUUACAG